UAUUAUAUGGCUGGUGGCGACUAACGCACUCUGUCGUUUUGCGAAUUUCAAUUUGCAACUGUCAUUUGUCAAAAUGUGAAUACAAAAUAUAAUUAAAAUGCAUACAAAUAAUUGACUUGUUCUUACGACUUACAUUAAUUUUGCAAUAAAGACCACUUCGAUUAAAUUACCUACUUCCCAAUGAUGUUUGAAUCGCUAGUACCUACCUUACAUAAAAUUUACCUAAUGUAAAAUGGUUUAAAUUUAAAUUGUGUCAAAACCCAGAGCUUUGAUUCAUGAUUCCGUCAUUCGAUAAAGUACCCACCUCUGGAUCAGUAACAGUAAUUUAAAACAGGCUUGAUUACAUUUAACUAAAACGAAACUUGUUCACUUAAUGAUACCCGCCAUAAAACUUGAUGAAUGUGGACGAAAUGGCGCCUAUUGUAGCUUUAGAAAAUGGACUGGAUAUAAAGCAACUGUUGACAUCAGGAUCUGUUCUACAAAUAAACGAAGAUUAUGAUGACUUAGACCAUAAUGCUAAAACAGUAACUGAUGAAGCAAAAAAUAAAGACAUUGAUAUAAUUGGUGAACCAGUUAAAUCAUUUAGUACAAUUGAAAAACAUUUAACAAAUGUGGAUGUACAGGGCUAUGUGAAGAAAAAGGUAUUGGAGGAAGGUGGGGGUAUGCCUUUGCAUGAAGGAUGCACAGUUUCAAUAGCAUUUUCUGGUUAUUGGGAAAAUGAACCAGACCCAUUUGAUAUACAGAAACCCAGUAAACCUAUGGUGGUAGAUCUAAAAGACAAUGGUUUGUUGCCUGGGCUUUUACUUGCAGUGAAGUCUAUGUUAGUUGGCGAAACAUCAAUAUUCCUUUUGUCACAUGAAUUAAUGUAUGGUGAGCUGGGUGUACCUCCAAGAAUUAAACCAAAGGCAAAAUGUGUUUUCUAUGUAAAAUUAAUGAAGAGUAUACUAACACCAAAGGAAGGACUACUUAAUCUUUCAGAGCCAAACACUUUUAUUAGGGUACAUGAGGAAGUAAAAAUGCUGUAUGUAUCAGGCUUAAAAUGGCAUAAAUUAAACAACUUUACAUCUGCAAUUCAACUAUUUAGGAAAGGUGUCAGUAUGUUACAUCGUUGCCGUUUAGCAGAUGAGAGUGAAGAAGAAAUUCAGAAGAAGUUGUUAAUUAAAAUAUACACUAAUCUGGCAAUAUGUUAUAAUAUUACAAAGCAACCAUAUAAAGCAUGCAUUGCAUGCAAUGAGCUAAAUAGAUUGGGAAGUUUGUGGAAUAAUGGUAAAGUGCUUUAUCAGAAUGCUAAAGCUUUGAGAAUGAUAGGACAAUUCAAUGAUGCUGAAAAAAAGCUUAGACGGGCUAUAAACCUUUGUCCCAAUAAUAAUGAGCUAAAGGUAGAAUUUGACUUGUUAGAAAAAACCAGUAAUGACUAUAAUCUGAAGAAAUCAUUGGAAAAUAGAUCUGCUGAUAAGGAUACUGUGGACAGGGACUUUAAAAAGGAGGUUGAUAGUUUAAUUAAAAAUUUCAAAGAAAAUAUGGACUUGUGCAAGUUAACCCUGCCUGCAGGAAUGAAUUCUUUCGAAAUAGAAUAUAUUAAAGAAGCAUGUGUUCGAGAAAAUGUAUUUUUUAAUAAAAUACAAGCAGAUUAUUUAUUAGAUAAAGAUGAUGGGAAAUCCAUAGAAUUAGAAAAUAAAGAAUUUGAUACUUAUGGCUAUAUCUAAAUGAAUUCUUAAAUGUUUCUUGAGCAAGGAGUGCAUUUUUGUGAUAUUAUAUUAAGGAAAAGUUAAGAUCAAAGGAAAUGAGCUUUUUGUUUCUUCAUAAUAUCAAUUCUAUUAUAUAUAGGACUACUUUUCUGAAAUAAAAAUAAUU